GAGAAAGCGCACCCGCAGACUGGGAGGGAAGGGGCACCCAGGGCAGACCUUGGGGGUCUAGGCCUGAAAAGGAGCAGAAGGGCAGAAGCCGCCGCUCGGCUCCCCUAGCGAGCCCCCCACCAAACCAAGGCUCCUGGGGAGGCCGUGGAAGGCAGGUCUGCAAGCCCCUCCGGUUGCCCUGUAGGACCCAGCCAGCAGCCAUGGCAACCUGGGAGCUACAAGUGUUCGUGGGGGACCAAGAGGCCCAAGAGGAGUCUGUGACCCUGCGGGUCACCGGCGAGUCCCACAUCGGCGGCGUCAUCCUCAAGAUCGUGGAGGAGAUCAAGCGGAAGCAGGACUGGUCCGACUAUGGGCUGUGGUGGGAGCAGAAGAAAAUGUGGCUGCUGCAGACCCACUGGACCCUGGACAAAUACGGCGUCCUGGCCGAUGCCCGGCUGUACUUCGGGCCUCAGCACCGGCCCAUCACCCUCCGGCUGCCCAACCGCCGUGCCCUGCGUCUGCGUGCCAGCUUCUCGCAGCCCCUCUUCCGCACAGUGGCCGCCAUCUGCCGCAUUCUCAGCAUCCGUCACCCUGAGGAGCUGUCCCUGCUCCGGGCCCCUGACAAGAAGGAGAAGAAGAAGAAAGAUAAGGAGCCUGAAGAAGAAGUGUUUGACCUGACCAAGGUUGUGCUUGCUGCCGGCGUGGCCCCAGCCCAGUUCCGGGGGAUGCCAGCUCACUUCUCUGAUAGCCCCGAGACAGAGGCCUGUUACCGGAUGCUCAGCCUUCCCCAGCCUCCCCCAGACCCAGCCCAGUUGCUCCGCCUGCCCAGGCCCAGCUCUCUGGCUGACAAGACCCAACUGCACAGCCGGUGGCUGGAUUCAUCAAGGUGCUUAAUGCAGCAAGGAGUCAAGCCUGGGGACACCCUCUGGCUGCGCUUCAAAUACUACAGCUUCUUCGACCUGGACCCCAAGGCAGACCCAGUACGCCUUAUGCAGCUCUACGAACAGGCUCGCUGGGACCUGCUGCUGGAAGAGAUCGACUGUACGGAGGAAGAGAUGAUGGUCUUUGCAGCACUGCAGUAUCACAUUAACAAGCUGGCCCUGAGCGGGGAGCUCGAUGAGCCCUCAGGUGGCAGUGGCCUGGAUGACCUGGACGCAGCACUGAAUAAUCUGGAGGUGAAGCUGGAGGGCUCAGCCUCUACGGACAUGCUGGACAGCCUAACAGCCAUCCCUGAGCUCAAGGACCAUCUUCGCAUCUUCCGGCCCCGGAAGCUCACCCUAAAGGGAUACCGCCAAUACUGGGUUGUGUUUAAGGAGACCACACUCUCCUAUUACAAGAGCCAAGAGGAGGCCCCCGGAGACCCCAUCCAGCAGCUCCAUCUGAAGGGCUGCGAGGUCGUACCAGACGUCAACGUCUCUGGGCAGAAGUUUUGCAUCAAACUCUUGGUGCCUUCACCAGAGGGCAUGAGCGAGCUCUACCUGCGUUGCCAGGAUGAGCAGCAGUAUGCCCAGUGGAUGGCCGGCUGCCGGCUGGCCUCUAAGGGACGCACCAUGGCAGAUAGCAGCUACCAGAGUGAAGUUCAGGCCAUCCUGGCCUUCCUGAGCCUGCAGCGGACAGGGGGAGGUGGAGGAGCCAGCCCCACCAACCCCCAGGGCCCCGACGCCAGCGGGGAGAUGCUCAACCCGCACGGCCUCGUCGCCCCUCGAUUCCAGCGGAAGCUGAAGGCCAAACAGCUGACCCCCCGAAUCCUGGAGGCACACCAGAACGUGGCCCAGCUCUCUCUGUCAGAGGCCAAGCUCCGAUUCAUCCAGGCCUGGCAAUCCCUGCCUGACUUUGGCAUCUCCUACUUCGUCGUCAGGUUUAAGGGCAGCAGGAAGGACGAGAUCCUGGGCAUUGCCAACAACCGCCUGAUCCGCAUCGACCUGGCCGUGGGCGACGUCAUGAAGACUUGGAGAUUCAGUAACAUGCGUCAGUGGAACGUCAACUGGGACAUCCGCCAGGUGGCCAUCGAAUUUGACGAGCACAUCAACGUGGCCUUCAGCUGCGUGUCGGCCGGGUGUCGAGUCCUGCACGAGUACAUCGGCGGCUACAUCUUCCUGUCCACCCGGGAGCGCUCCCGAGGCGAGGAGCUGGACGAGGAUCUCUUCCUGCAGCUCACUGGGGGCCACGAAGCCUUCUGAGACCCCCAGAAGGUCUCAUCCAUCCCCACCCAACAAGGCCCGGCUCUCUCUCACAAAAGCUUCUCCUCCCUUCACUCACCCCCUCCCCCAGCACACACACACACACACACACACACACACACACCCCACGCCCAUCACCCCUGGCACCCUCUUGAAGGGGGGGCCCAAGCCUCAGGGCUCCUCCGUGAUAAGGCUCCCUACUUCCUUUGUGUGGGGAAAAGUGGGAGGCUGAGUUGAACAGAACCCCCCAUCAGGGCCCACCCAGAGACUGCUCACGCCUGGCAUCAGCUCUCUCCUGCCCUGGAGAUGAGUGAGGCAGGCUGAGGGCUCCCAGGACCCAACUGCCUUCUGACUGCCACACUUCUCGGGCACAGCCGUAAGAAGGAGAUUUGUUUUCUUUAUCAGUUUUUAUUUGUCUUUUUAUAAAUAAAUAUUUCAUAC